UGAAAGGUCACUGAUGGGUUGUAAACAACAUGGCAGCUUCCUGUCCGGUCUGUUCUGCUACAUAAGAAGUUAGAUUUUCGAGUUUCCUUGGUCUCACGUCACAUUCUGUCUCGCUUCGAGAUAAUCGACCAAUCAUGGCUCUCCUAGACGACCCCGCCUUUAUCAUCGCGCACAUCCGACACUCCUUCAUCACGAGCGACGACACCGGAAUGUGCGAGAUGGCCAUCAUGAACGAAGAACUAGACUGGCCACAGAAGAAGAAAGAGAUCGAAGAGAAACGAAAGUCAAACAAGGCCCAGUUUGACAGCUUUGACAAUGACCAAGGAUAUGACGACGUUGAAAUCUAUGGUGAAUCGUACGAGAUCGAGUCCAGCUUCGACUACAGCUUCCGCCACCGAUCAAACACGGCCGUCCGACUAGAGAAACUCCGCCAGGAUAGGAUGCAGCAAACCCAAUGUCGGAGGAUACAAUGGAAAGACGGGGCCUCAGAUUUCCCAGACGAGGAACUGGAUGACCUGUUCGGGAAGAAAAAAGUGAAGCAAAAACCCAAGGUCUUGAAGUCGUCGCUUUCGAUUCAGCUAGAGCGAUUCCCUGACCAGGCUACUAAUAUCUUCGCUGAAUAUGCAAACUUUGAUGGAAAGGGCCAUGCUGGUGCAGGAGGUGUUAAACGCAUCGAAAUCUUUUUAACGAUGGUCGAACCUAGCAUACCUGACAGAAGAUUCUUAAAGAUUGUCGUGACAAACAAUGCUAAAGUCCAAGAUCUGAUCGGUCUCAUCUGUUGGCACUAUGUGAAUAAAGGUCUACAGCCAGAACUCAAAGAGAACGUAGAGAGUUACUGUUUGAUGAUAGCGGAGGAGGACGGUGAGGUGGACACCGAUUUCCCGGCCCUGGACAGCAGGGAGGUGAUCUCCAAGUUUGGCUUCAACACUCUGGCGCUCGUCGAGAAAGACGCCCCAGAAGACGACGGAAAGUCAGGUGGCAGUGACAACAUCAUCGUCACAAUUAAAUCGUCUGAUGGUGAAUCAAGGCUUGCUGUAGACUCAACCCAGAUCACCCUAAGACAGAUCUUAACCAAAGCUCUCCGAAAAAGAAAGGGCAUCAUUCCAACGGCGGGACCUCAUUAUUUGCUGGAGAAGACUUCUGCACCCGGGGUUCCCCUGGACCUGGACCUGAAGCUCUGUGAAACGGACACCAUGGAUUUCAUCAUGGUCAGAGAACACAGUAGACGAGACUACCUCAACAAGGCGGACAGAACGCGACCCUACUCUGGCGAAAGAGAGCCCCCUCUAGUGUUGAGCACCCAGUACAGAUCUUUCCGAGUCAGCAUGCUGCACAAGCUGAGGCCUGCAACAGAGAUCCAAUUAGGCAUUUCAGGGGAGAAGAUUGAAAUUGACCCAGUGGCCCAACCGAGGAACACACCAGCCAAGUUCUGGGGCAAACAGAAAGCCGUCUCCAUCGAGUCCGACAGGCUGGCCUUCUGCAACAUCACAGACGAUAAACCAUCAGGGAAGUCCACAUUCCGACUGACGUUCAAGAGUGCAAACCACGAAUUCAAGCACUACGACUUUGAGACCGGAACCAACGUCACAAAGCAGAUUGUCAAUCGCAUCAACCACAUCCUGGAGCUACGCGCGAGUUCGGUACGGAACGACUACACGUUGUGGAGAGAGCGGCGGCACAGUAGGAAGUCACACGAUAAAUAGCAAUGAAUGAAAAAGGAUGAAGUGAUCAACUCACAUUGCACCCGACAGCUGUGGAGGCCUUUCAGCCAUGAUUGUUCAGAUUCUCCCUAUAGAUGGCGCUAUUUCACAUUCAGAAUGUUGAAAGCUUGCAGACCCAUUGUGAAUGAUUCAGAUUAAUCAAACAAAACGAUCAAAUUCAAACAGGUGCUAUUAAAAAUAGUCAAUUAGCAAAUUCCUGUGAACAGUUCGUCAUCAUAUACAUGUAGGGGAAGGCGGGGUAAGUUGAGCAUAGGGGCAAGUUGAGCCACCAGCCCCAGGCCAAUA